AUGGUCAUUGUGCUAGACCGUGAUAUCGUUUCUCAAGCGUACUACCCUUCUAUAACGUUCCUACAGAACACUGAAUGGUUGUCGCAAGCCAUCCUAGACCUCAACGACAAACCGAAGUGCUUCAUUGGCUGGAUGGACGAAGAUAACGCUGCCUGCAGUGAGGUCAUACCAGGAGAGUGGUGUAACUGUGGAAGCAACUGGGGCACCACCAUCGAGAUAGUCCAGUGUGGACAUACAACGUACCGAGCAUUGAGUCUUUACGCAAGUCAGUACACGGUCUGUGUCCAGCCCACAACCACAAUUCUCACUCAGGCAUUCUUCUCGUAUGAUUCGUAUAAAGCAAAAACCGACUCAUUUAUUACCCUCUUGUCAAGUAUCUGGCUAGCGAUUUACGAUACAACUUUGACGCUUGAAGAAGCUCUUGAGGGUGGCUACUCUCGCCUGAACCUCAUCAAUGCCUACGCCAUGACGUCUGUCAACCUCGUACUGAACUACAGGCAGGCUCCCGGAAAGGCCCCAGCCUAUGAUUACUACGAAUUCACCAUCUCUUCUGUCCCGGCAAACGACCUCACGUGCGAUGCCAGUGGAAAUUUUUAUGGCGACUGUCACAUUUCGCUCAUACUUCAAUUUUCCACUUUUGAGCGGCAGAUCUCUAGGCUCCGAUAUGAGAUGAGUUGGACAGAUGUUGCUGCUGCUGCGGCAUCUUGGCUGUCUCUCUUCCAAAUCGUCAGCUGGAUCUUAUCCGGUUCGGCAUUGCAAUUCAAAUGA